GUUUAAACAAAACAGCGGAAUAAUCAGGGGAAAUUCAAUAAAAGUUUUUUUGUAAAAGUGUUAAUUUUAAAUUAUUCGUGAAGUAAAAGUUAUUUAACGUGUUAGCCGCGAGUGUUUUUAACUUUCUAGGCUGCGAGUCUAACGAGUCGCGUGUGCGUAGUCAAGUCAUCGAGUAAAUGUGAAAGUUACUUUUGUGAGAAAAAGUGAGAAUAUAUAUUUCUUAAAUUUAGUGUUGACUUAUAAUUAUCCUACCCUGUGAAUUAUCAAUAAGCAACUCCUGAAGAGUGAAUUAGUGAAAGGUACAAUAAGUUGGAAUCGAGCCACAUCCAGAGGACACAGCUACCAAAUGUGAAGAAUACAAACAAAUAAAUAAUAAUAAUAACAAUCGAGUUGUGUUGAAUAAUGUGAGAGUGCGGGACGGAUGUGCAGUGCGUCGCAUAGAACACCGCCUACACAAGAUGGCCGCCGCGAACACAAAAUGGCGGACGAGAGAAUACAACGCGGUGCUGCUCCUUAUAUUCAUCCAGGCUGUUAACGGCUACGAAGAGUCUUACACAGUAUCACAGCUGUCACCAAAGUCAGAAGCCGUGGAGAACGUGCCGCGGGGCGCGCUGCUGCAGACGAGUCAACUCGAGCGCGUGCCCUUCACGAUAGAACCCAGCCGGUAUGAAGAGUACGAGGCCGCGUCUGAUCCACACGUCGUCGACGGUGAACGAGAUGACCACAUUAUCGUGGCCCGCUCCGCCGACCCCGUCGGCAGGGAAUCGAGGUCUAUCAAUGUAGAUAGCAUUCCCUCCUCCAACAAUGAAAUAGACAACGAAUUAGAAAUACACAACAAAAGAAAAUACUAUGACAUACAUCCGACCAAGACUGUAGAUUAUUACUACAGCGAUGAUGACGUAAUCUUGUCUUCCGAGGGCUUCGGGGACAGACUAGAGUUCAAGUUUCCGGGGGAAGGACAGCGGGUCCCCAAGGCGCGUGCACUGGCGCCCUCGGGACCCAGGAUCCGGCCCACUGCAGUGCAACCGAUCCUCGCGACCAUCAGCCCUAAGGACGAGGCGAGGCAGAACACGGAGAUCCAGAACAUCAUUACCGGUAUAGUCAAACUCCUGAACGGGAACGUGAACGUCCAGGCCAAUUCUCAACUGCUGAACGGGCGUCCCGGUAGACCUAUGGCGUCGAGGAUUAACAACCGUGGCCCGCCGCGCAUCUCCGACCUGCCCCCGGACUUUGACAAGUUGAUGAUCACGCCUCCCCCGCAUCCGUUUGCACCCACUAAGAUUCCGCCUCCAUACCCUUUCGACCGGCCUCACCAUGGGGUCAAUUUACCCGAUCAAAUUGUGCCUCCAAUGAAUCGCCCCGGGAUCCGCCGCCCCAUGCCGCCGUGGCAGAGACCGCGUCCUCGUCCGCCCAAUAGGAAACCAAACCCGAACCUCCCGGCUUACAAACCAGUGCAAAUACCACAGGACCUCAUCGGUGAACUGUCUCAAGAAGAUCUCACUACACCAGAUAACGAUACGACACUACAGAACAAUAUCAAUCAAGAUGAGAUCACGUUCACUCUUCCUGAUCUUAAUACAACCGAGAGUUAUAAAGAGGAGACGAAACCAGAUGCUCCCGAAACUACUAGCAGCACGAGCACCACGACCACUUCGACAACGACAACGACAGAAUCUUCCACGACGACCAGUACGACAACGACCACAGAGAAGCCGACCACCACAGAGCAGAUCACCACCACAGAACAACCUACCACCACCACGGAGAAAGUUACUACAGAGAGAACGACAACAACUGAAAAAGCUACCACGACUUCCGAGGUGCCUAAAACAGAGAAACCAAUAAAACAAGAGAAAGAUAAAAAAAAGGAAAUCACUGUGAUCGAAAAAGACAAAAAACACAAAAUCGAUGAGAAGAUAGGAAACAAGACGAGUAAGAACGAGACGGCAUUCGAUCAAAUAGUACAGUCUUCGGUGCCCUUUGUGACUAGUUCCUCGGUGAUAGCUCCGACGCCCACCGAGGGCCUGCCGUCGCACGCGCCCGCCGUGCCGGUCUCCAGUGCCAGUAUAGAGAGCUCAUCCAUCAAUUCUCAGCCGAUACCUCCUUCUCGAGAUAUACAUUACCACCCGUACCGUCCUCGGCCGGGCAUAGUCCUGGACGACCCGGAGUUCAAGCCGCACGGGCGACCUCACCGCCAGGACGCGCCCGUGGUCACGGCGCACGACACUCGCCUGCCCGGCUACGGGGAGAUCUUCGACGUGACCGUCUCCGCAGUACAGGGACCGGGGGAGAAGGGAGGCUCCGUCCACAUAGAGACGGUAAACCUGUCACCGCACGGCGAACAAGACAUCAUAGUGUCGGCUUCCGGCUCGCAAGGGUUCGUGUCCAUCGACGGGAAGAGGACCUACCUCAACCUCUUCGACAGCUCUACCCCGGACGCGCACCUGGCGCCCACCAGGGUACACACGCUGCCGAUGUCUGCCCCGCCGCACGCGCCGCGCCAGCCGCCGCCCGGACCUGACACAACAAAGGUAGAACAUGCUCAACACGACCAACACUCUCCAACACUGGGCACGGGAGUGGCCAUACCCACAGAUGACGUACCACCUCCUCCUGUGAGAAGACCGGUGAUGCAUAGACCUCAAGGAUAUAGGAGACCACAGCCCACUGUCAGGAUCGACACGUGCAUCGUGGGCGACGACUCGACCUGCGACCUCGCCCAGAACGAACGCUGCAGGACCGAGGCAGGUAUCUCUAGCUGCGGGUGCCGCGCUGGCUACGGGAGGCGCGUGCACCGCGACCCCUGCCGGAGGGUCACGGCCCUGCUGCUGGCUGUCAGGAUCGACAGGAUGUACGACACCAAGAUAACGUGGGACCCGAAGCUGGCCGACAAGGACUCAGAGCUCUACCAGCAGCUCAGCUACGAGGCGCUCAGAGCCAUCGACUCCGCCUUCUCGAUGACUCCGUUCUCCGAUGAGUUCGUGAGCGGCUCCGUGAACUCGCUGCACACCGACGACGAGCGCGCGGUGUUCGUCAACUACACCAUCCUGAUGCAAGAGAGCCCGGAGUCUGUACGUCCGGCGGUGGGGUCAGAGAUACAGAAGCAGCUGGUGGGCGUGCUGCGGAGACGGAACAACAACCUUGGAGCCUCCGCCCUCCAUGUGCGCUCCCUCGCGGGCAGCGUGCCGCCCCUGCACGAUGUGGACGAGUGCUCGUCUCCGGAGUUGAACGACUGCCACCAGCUCGCCACCUGCACCAACACCUGGGGCGGAUUCAAAUGUGCGUGCCCGGAGACGACCCUGGACCCUGCAGGGGAGGGGCGCGAGUGUCGGCAGUGCGGCGCCUCGCUGUGCUCCGACCGCGGGGAGUGCGCGUACCGACAAGGGCAGCCGACCUGCAGUUGCCGGUCGGGGUACUACGGGUCGCGCUGCGAGGUGGACGGCGGCGUGGUGGGGGCGGCGCUGGGGGCCUCGCUCGCCGCCGCGCUCGUCAUCGCGCUCACACUCGCCGCGCUGCUCGCCUGGAGCCGCAAGUGGUCCCGCGAGCAGAAGGCGGUGGGUUCCCCGGUGUUCAACUACAUGACCGCCAACACCGUGAAGACGCCGCCGGUGGGACAGCCGCCGUACCAGGUGACGCUGGAGGAGCGGCUGCGGUGGGCUCAGAUCGCGGAAGCCAUGGCUGCGCACUACGCCCCGGAGCCGCAGAGCAUGACGACGCGCCCCUCCUCCGCCAUGUUCGGCGCCUACCCCACGCUGCCCCCCGCGCUGCCCCCCGUGCCGCUGCCCAGGAUGGGAGUUCACGGCGUGAGCACGGUGACGUCACGGGCCAACACCGCCGCCUCGCACCACAACCUCUACGGGUACGGCGGGCCGCUGACGGUGGACUCGUCCGGCUCGGAGUCGUCCGGGCCGCUGCCGGACCGGACCGACCUGCUGAUGCCGCGCCCCAAGUCCCGCGCCAGGACCCUCCAAAGCCAGAACAACAUCUACUACGACGUGGACUACGAGAACGCUCCGGAGCCGCUGUACGGCACCAAGGGCAUCCCGCUCUCCACCUACAGCGUCAGCAGGGGACCGCCCUUCUACAGGCCCUGACCAGGAGCACGCUUACAUUCAGGCGAACAGUACGCUUGUUGACACAACACUAUUUAUUGUAAAUUCAUGAUGAUGAAUAUGGUGCUCGUUGAAAAUAUUGAAAUAUGAAUGUGUUAGAAAAUAAUUAGCUUACACGUUGCAUGCUGGAGCCCCAGCUUACUCCAUUGAGGUCUCUGAGGCCACCUUUGUGUGUCCUCGCUCCGGCGCUGGACUGUCUGUGUCCGGAGACGGCGCCCGGAUCGAGUUCCAUCUUAUUAUAAUCCUAACCUAACCAUAUCUACAUGUAUAUACUCUUUCUGCGGGAAAGGGAUAGAGUAUCCCUCCUCAUUUUCAACCAAAAAAAAACCCUAGUCUGAUCUGCACAAGCACCUGAAUAACUCCUUCAAUGUGACCCCCCGCCCCCCGACCCUGCGAGCGCGGGGUCGCAUCGCCCGGGUGGCCGCGUUAUACCGGGACAACAUCCGACCUUCUGGAUGUGUUCCUCGACUGUUCAUCCUGAGGACGGACACUGCACUGCCCCCGGGGACGCGCGUCUGCCCCCCGGGCUGGUGGCUGGGCCGAAUCCGUGGCGAAGUUAAGUGUAUAUAUAAUGAUUAGAAUUAAAUAGUAGCACGGUGUUAGCGCUGAGGACGUUAGCUACUCAGUCCUGCGGGGGCGGAGCAGGUCCCGCCCCCUCGGGGACUAUGUACCACAAUGUAGUCUGUGCUGUGUGUCCUGUGUGACGCGCGGGACGGGCACGUGUGCUCAUUAGCUCAUGGCCCGGCGAUGGUUCAUCGAGAUCAUCGUCUGCUCACGAAUAAUAAUUAAAUUAUAUAAUUAAGAAGAGUCAAGUAGGUACCUAUACGUACGCACGGCAGCUUUACACGAGACCAUGGUCAGCGACACUCCAUUAUAUUGAUUUACUGUGUGUAUAUUUUUGUUACUGAUAUAUAUAUCAAUGAUUUUUGUAACUAAUUUUUAACUAUUUUCAAAUGUUGUUUAUGGACAAAACUAAAGCUAAUAAAAUAAUGUCGGUUGACGAACAGACGAGCCAACGCUACGGGGUCGUUGUGUGUCUGCCCGCGGCACACCGGCACGUGCAUUUAGUAGUGCAUAGUGCGCACGUGCACACGAGCACAUGUGCUCUUGUGUGAUUACCUCAGGUCGGCGCAUCGAGCGUUGCAUUUUGUACUGUGUUUAUAUUGUUAUAUAUAUAUAGAUAGUUAUGUUUGUGGAAU